GUGAUACCUGAUCGAGACAAGCGGCAGAGAGGCUCGUACACCGAGAGAGAACGGUGGACUCCAUUGCUGUCCUGAGUACGUUUCUCGUCGGCCGUGUCGUAUUGCGUGUCUGUCCGCGCUUUCGUACACACGAGUUUUCUUUCCCUCCACGUUCGUCCGGGUAAUUGUGAAACAAGUAUCCUUUUGUGUCCAGUGUUGAAGCGAUAUUUUGAAUUCUUCGUGCUUAACUGAGACGUAAAAACAAGCCAAAAUGGCUGAUCAACUCACAGAAGAACAAAUCGCAGAAUUCAAAGAAGCAUUUUCGCUAUUUGACAAAGAUGGAGAUGGUACCAUUACAACCAAAGAGUUGGGUACAGUUAUGCGAUCGCUAGGUCAAAAUCCUACAGAAGCUGAACUUCAGGAUAUGAUCAAUGAAGUGGACGCAGAUGGUAAUGGCACAAUCGAUUUCCCGGAGUUCUUAACCAUGAUGGCUCGCAAAAUGAAGGACACUGACAGCGAGGAGGAAAUUAGAGAGGCCUUCAGAGUAUUUGAUAAGGAUGGAAAUGGUUUCAUAUCUGCGGCGGAACUCAGACAUGUUAUGACAAAUCUUGGAGAGAAACUAACUGACGAGGAAGUAGAUGAAAUGAUUCGAGAGGCUGACAUUGAUGGUGAUGGCCAAGUUAAUUAUGAAGAAUUCGUCACAAUGAUGACAUCAAAGUGAAUGCAACCUGUGUAAUGGAAAAACUUGCAACUCGGAGUGGUGUUGACGUAUUAAAAUAAAUCAAGAAACAAAGAAAAAUAAUGUUAACAAAACGCGAAUCGACCAGAAAGUGAAAAAAUCUUGUAUCUGGACGCAAUGACAUCUAUAAAAAUGCGAAAAGUCUACGUCCAACACACGUUAAUCAUCAUUAACGAUAAGUAACACGGGCAAUUGUUUAAUUAAAAAAAAGUUAUACCACUAAAAAUCAUUAUCUUUAAAUACACGAAAUACUUAGUCACGCAACACACAUACACAUAGACAACAAGGAAAAACACACACACAUACACAGAAAGACAUACAACACGGACAUGAAAGUACAUAUUACACGCACAUACACGGAAACAACAAAAAGAUAUAUACAGCACACGUAAAACAUACACGUAUAUACAGAAGAAAAUUUAUUUCCGUAUAAAAGAGUAUAAUUAAAAGAUCGUUAGAUAUAUAUAUGUAUAAAAA